UUUUAGUCCUAAAAUGGACUUCGGGGAAAAGGAGCUGGAGAGUAAACUGGGUCGUGCCCGGCGCCUCCACCAAUCUAGGGUUUCUUCAGCUCACGGUCAUGUAUAAUUCAGCCUGGGAGGGCGCAGAUUACCUGGAGAGAAGCACACAAGUGAAGAAUGUGUCUACUAGUCACAGAGGGACCAGAGAGGAAGAGAAGAGGAGGAGGUAUGGAGGAGGUGGUGAAGAAACGGCCAAUAAUCUCUGCCAAAGAAAGAGGCCCAGGACCUGGACGCUAUGCUCUGCCCCCUACAGUCGGAUACAUCAACCAUGACUUUACCAAACCCAGCAGCCCUGCAUACUCCCUCCACGGCCGCAACAGAAUGCCCACCUCUGCAGACUCCAGUCCAGGACCAAGAUACCACAUUGACGCCAAGGUCACCCGCUUUGGCCGAAUGGACACGCCAUCCUACUCUAUUCUGGGCAGAGGACGACGCACAGGGAGUAAAGGUGAACUGUUCCAGACUCCAGGACCUGGAGCCUACAGUCCAGAAAAGGCUCCGCCUCUCAACGCUCAGCACAGACCUCCGUCCUACACCAUCAGCUCCCGCACCAGAUAUCGCUGUGUGGAUGCUGUUCCAGCGCCCAACAGCUACAGUCUGCCUAAUCUGCUGGGUUGCCAGGUUCCUAACAAAUCCUCCAGUGCCAGCUUCAGCUUCUCAGGCCGGAGUAAGGUCGGCGCUCCCUCUGAAGAUCUCGCCAUGAGCCCCGGGCCGGCGAAAUACAACACCAUCAACCCAGACGUUUACCGCCAGCGCCAGCCUUCCUUCUCCAUGCAGAGCCGCACCAAGAGGCCAAGUUACUCCUCGACUAUCCCCGGCCCGGGUGCAUACAGGCCGGAGAAGUAUCACAUGCACCUUCCUAAACCCCCGUCCUUCAGUAUGGGCAUCAGACACUCUGAGUUCGUCACCCCGCUUGUCGUAGAUGUAGUUGAUUGACAAACUUCUCUCU